UAAUCAUUAAUUAACAAAGCAAUUACAUUUGAUGUAAUUACGCCUCAUAAAUACCGUGAUUGACAAAUCACUAUGCAGCUAAUGCUCACAUUCUUCUUCUUAUUACCAACCAUGUAAUUAAUUAAUUUAAUCAUGUAAUAAAAAUAUUAAAUAUUCAAAAAAUAUUUACAGAAGCAGCUACUAACUACAUCCACCGAUUCCACCAAACAGUUGACCUCUGAGUUGUGUGUGUAUAUAUAUAUGUAUGUAUCCACGGCUCACGUUAGCACCCCACCCUCUGUUCUGCAUCAAAUAUUCCACAACAAGACUUUUCAUUUUACUUCCGAGCUGAUGCUUCGUACGUUAAAGCAAACGGCAGCGUAUUAAUUACAAGAAAUCAUUACAUGAUUUUGUCACUACACUGAAGAGAUCAAGAAACAACCCACCAACUAUUUUGCUCAAGAUUGCGUGUUGUUGGAAUGGCGAGCAAUGUAGUAGCUGCGAUUAUCGCAUCCGAUAUUGCUGAUCCAGACAUGCAAAAGUUCUUGCACGAAGAUGACGUGGAAUUACAGAAUGCCCUAAAAAUAUCCGACGAAGUGGAAAUGACCUUAGCCUACUCCUCCGAAAAGCUCGCAAAUUUGGAGAAUCUCUUACUGAAUGUCUUAGCUGGCGAAAACGAUAUCGAAGCCAUCGAUUUCCAAAACGAUAACAUUUCAGCGGAAUUUAUCGAAAAAGCUUUCACAUUCGAUCUGCUCUAUGCCAUACUAAAUCUCGAGCUAAGAGAGAUGGACAAUGUAACAGCCAAUCUUCAAGACCUAAUUCUCGUUGCCCUUAAUAAAAUAUCUCUUCCCGUAAAUUCUAAAGAAUGUCUCACUAAAUUGCACGAUUCUGAGGGUUUAUUAAAACAGUCACAAGAGCGUAUUCUCGAGAUGAAGAUUCAAUUAGCUAAGUUGCAGAUGACAUCGUUCAUCUUCAAACAAAACGAAUUUAAAUCCGACUUGUAUAAUACGGGUGUAAAGGGAGAGCUUCGUUUAGCAACCACGGAAUGGAAGCCCGAAGCGCAAACAGCCGAACAAAGACGUGUCUUAAGAAUGUUGGAAAUAUCUCUCGCAAGAGAGCUCGAUCUUGAAAAGAAACUGACAGAGGUGAUACAAAACGAGGAAGAUUUAACGUUUAAGAUAGGUUUGUUAGAAAAAGUCUCGGUUUGCAUGGAAGAAGCUGCCGAGGUUGCAUGGGGAAGGUUCUUAGAAGCCGAUAAUACAUCCGAAGUUUUAAUGGGAAUUUCGAAAGAAAUGCUCGGAAAAGUUCAGGUUUUUCAUUUCAAUCUCAUUAGUUCAAAUAAAAGAGAGCAAGAGUUAAAAUCCGAAAUCCAAGAUUGUACUAGUCGGUUAAACGAAAAGGAAACUUCAAUCAAGAAUCUCAACGAAGAAGUCACGGGGUUAAGAGAAAAAGCCCAGAAGCUCGAAGAAACCGAAUCCCGCUUCGAAAAAGUCAACGCAUUGACCGAAAAAAGUCAACAGCAGCUUCGAGCAAUGGAAAGCGAAAUCGAAUCUUUAAAAGAGAAUCUAUACGCUGCAGAGAGUAGGGCGGUCAGUGCAGAAGAAAAAGUUGCGAACUUGACAGAAUCGAAUAUCGAACUGACCGAAGAGCUCGAUUUUCUCAAAGGCAGUAACGACAGCUGUACGAAAAAGGCGAGCUUAUUCGAGAAGCAGUUACGGGAUUUGGAUAUUCAGCUGCAGCAUUCUAGGGCAACCUCCGAAGCAAGCCAAGAGCAGCAGAAUAUGCUGUACACUGCGAUUUGGGACAUGGAAACGUUAAUCGAGGAACUGAAACAAAAAGUCGCGAAAGCUGAGAGCAAGACAGAGGUCGCGGAGGAUCGGUGCGUUGUAAUAUCGGAGACAAAUGCGGAACUUAAUAAAGAACUCGUCUUUUUGAGGAGUAGAGUGGGGUUGAUGGAGGCUUCUUUGAAGGAAAAUGAUAUCGAGAAAAAAUCGAGAGCGAAAGAAAUUAGUAUUAAAAGUGAUCUUAUUAUGGAUAUGGUUAUGCAGUUAGCGACGGAGAGGGAACGUAUACAGAAACAGUUGACCUCUUUGGCAAAGGAAAACAAAUUGUUGAGAGAGAGAUUUAGGAAAGAAGAGAGAAAUGCGGGAUUAACUCGGCGAGACGGGAUUGAAUCGGUUGUUGAGUCCGUAGAAGCUUCUUUGAUUAAAGAGACUGAGAUCUCGUCGGAAAGCUUUCAAGUGGAGAAAUCAGUCGUAAAUGAGAAUGCAACAGAGUCUUCCAGUUCGACAAUCGGCAACACAAAUUUAGUAAUUGCGAAAGACGAGAGCUUUGUAGAGACUGGUAAAUCUCGAAAAAAGGCCUAUAUUUUCGUGGCGAUUUUUGUUGUGUUGGUAUCGAUUUUGGCAACACAAUUAUUUCAACGAGAAUUUGCUGCUUCCAAAGUCUGAACCUUUUAAAAAGUUCGAUUCUUGACAUUUUCGGACCACACUUGUGUGUGAGUAUAGUAUAUGUACCUCUUGUGCAAAUGUUGUUUGUAUACUAUGUUUCUUCUUCUUCGGAUAAUCAAUCAAUCCCUCAAAGGUAGUGUCACUAUGUAAA